AAGAAAUAUGCGAAGAAAUUUAGUAAGGAUAGAAAGUGUGAAACGUGGGAAUUAACACGACUAAGGAGAAAGGCCAUUAAGAGCUACUGGAAUGAAAUAUCACUUGAAUUAAAUGAAAACCCAAGGAAAUUCUUUUCUACGUUUAUGCCAUUCAUUAGUUCAAAGGGACAAAAGGAGACGAACGAGAUCCAUUUGAAUAUUGAAGGCAGAAUAGAACAAGAUCAGCGAAUAGUGGCAGAAGAAUUCGCAGACUACUUUUCGACAGUGGCUGAUGCUAUAGGAGGGGAGGAAGCCACUAAUUUGACUGAGGAGAAAUGCAUAAACCAUCGGAGUAUAGAAAUGAUACGUGCAAGAUAUGAACCAGAUUCGUUCUCAUUUAUUGAAAUUAAACGAGAAGAAGUUCUUAAAGCCCUUAAGGAAUUAAAUCCGCGAAAGGCUACGGGGCAUGAUGAGAUACCAUCUAAGGUUUUAAAGUUGGUGGCAGAAGAGAUAGCGACACCACUUACUGACAUAUUUAACCAAGUCAUCAAAUAUUGUGAAUGGCCUCAGGAAUGGAAAAUGGGGGAAUGGAUUCCAGCAUACAAGAAGGAUGAUCAUCACGAUAAGGCUAAUUACCGACCAGUAACUAUAUUAAGUAUACUAGAUAAGAUUUUUGAACAGCUACUUUGUCAGCAGUUGUCUCAAAGAUUUGAGAAUAUCUUUGAUCCUUUUAUCUCAGCGUACAGGAAAAAUUACAGUUGCGAAAUCGCACUCGUUCGUCUGGUCGAGGAUUGGAAGCAGGCAAUGGAUGAAGGGCAAACAAUUAGUAUUUUGUCAACGGAUAUGAGUAAAGCAUUUGACUCGCUGCAUCCCACUUUACUCUUAGCUAAACUCAAAGCUUAUGGAUUCACUCAAAACGCGUUAGAUUUGAUGAAAUCAUAUUUUAAAGAACGUAUGAAUAGAACAAAAAUGCGACAGGUAACCAGCGAAUGGAAAGAAACAAAGAGAGGAUGUCCUCAAGGCGCUUCUUUGGGCCCGACGUUAUGGAAUAUCUACCAGAACGAUUUAUUUUAUGUUGAACGUGAAAGUCGGCUAUCUGCGUACGCGGAUGAUCAUCAGUUUUACUACGCCCAUAAAGAACCAGAGAGAGCAGUGGACACUAUAACCCGAGAUGGAAAACAAACCUUCU